GUUGUCACACUCCCUCUCCAGAACCUCUCUCUCAUCAUCAUUCCUAUACUCAUUUACUCCUACCAACCACAGGACUCCGAGGAGCUACAACUGGCUCUGUCAAUGAACUGUGACAAGGUGUUGUUCUUUGGGUUUUUCUCCUCCCUCUCUCGCCUUCCGGGAACACUAAUUGGCCACAUGCAGAGUAAUGUGACCAAUCGAAUCAUCCUCGGCAAAGAGCCGGAGCUGCAGAUCGGAAGAGCAGAGCGUUGGGCUCAGUCCGGCUCCCACGCCGAAGAGUUCCUGGGGUGACACUUUCUUUUUCCUUCCUUUACCUAGGGAAUACCUUGGGAUUUACCCCCCAUCUUCUCAUCCCACGGAUUUGGUGGUUCUCCCGCCCCUGGCCUCGCCUCCUGCCCGCCCUCGGAUCAGCGCUCGGGUGAAAAGGGCACCAUCAGAGGGGUGAUCGCUGGCCCUUGUGCUACACUACAAUACCUUCAUCCUGACCUGCCCACUCGCCUGCCCUCGACCCCUCACCUCCCUGUAACCAUGACAACCAAAACGACCAACGACCUGGACGGGAACAAGGUUUCCUCCUCCCCUCUCCUGUUGGCCACAUCAUCCCCACCCUACCUGUCUUGCCAGCGCCUGGUGACCAAGGACGGUCACUGCGCCCUGCGCUCCUCCCCUCCCUCUCCUGGCCUGUGGCCGUCCUGGGCCUCUGCCUCUGCCUGGCUGCUAGCCCUACAGGACCUGUGGGGGGCAGUGGUGUGCCUGCGCUGGCGCUGGGUUCUCUUGGCCUUCUGCACCUCCUUCGUGGCCCACUGGCUGCUGUUCGCCUGCCUGUGGUACCUACUGGCCCACCUCAAUGGAGACCUGGCGGUGGAGGACCACGACGCUCCUCCAGAGGGACACGUGGUGUGUGUCAAACACAUCACCAGCUUCACCGCAGCCUUCUCCUUCUCCUUGGAGACCCAGCUGACCAUUGGGUACGGCACCAUGUUCCCCAGUGGGGACUGUCCCAGCGCUAUAGCCCUGCUGGCAGUUCAGAUGCUGCUGGGCCUCAUGCUGGAAGCCUUCAUCACAGGUGCGUUUGUGGCAAAGAUCGCCCGUCCCCAGAAGCGUGCGGGGGCCAUCCAGUUCAGCCCCCAGGCGGUGGUGGGUCAGCACCAAGGCCAGCCCUGCCUCGUGUUCCGGGCCACCAACCUUCUGCGCCGCCCCCUGGUGGACGUGGAGGUCAGUGCCGUGCUGUACGAAGAGAAAGAUGACCAGGUCCUGCACCAGACCAACCUGGACUUCCAACUGGACCAGCUGGGCCCGCGCCCCUGCCCCUUCUUCAUCUUCCCCCUCACCUUCUACCACGUCCUGGACCGCCACAGCCCCCUUUACCCGGCCCUGCGUGAGGGCAGCGCCAGCCACUUUGAGCUAGUGGUGUUUCUCUCCGCCUCCCAGGAGGGCACGGGCGACGCCUGCCAGAAGAGGACGUCCUACCUGCGCCAGGAGAUCCAGUUUGAGCGGCGCUUCGUGCCUGCCAUGGGGCUGGACAAGCAUGGCAGGUACCAGGUGAGCAGUCAGCACUUUGGCAUGGCCCACUGCAAGGAGCCGCUGGACAAGGAGUGUGUGGUGCAGAUCAACGGGGACGGGAGUGACAGGAUGGAGUAAGGGAGGGGAAGGAGGAUGGUGGAAGGGAAAGGAGUAAGGGACAGAGAGCAACGUGGGAUGGGUGGGUUCCGGGGUUUACUAUAUAUGUGUGUGUGUGUGUGUGUGUGUGUGUGUGUGUGUGUGUGUGUGUGCAGUUGUGCUCGCGUGCGUGCGUGCGUGCGUGAGGGAGGGGGAGGGUAGCAACACAGGGAUAGAGAUAGGGGCAGAAAGGGAGCGUUAGGGGCAAUAUGGGGGGGACAUGUUUCUAUGGCUCUGCUACCUGGUUAAGCAACCGUCCAUACCAAAGGGUAUUCAUCCAGUGGAUUGAAGACCACUAGAUUGUAGAACAUGUUCUAGCUACCUGAGAGCUCUAGAACCAACAGGCACAUUCACUGCCAUGAAGGAUGAUAUUCCACAAUCAAUAACACUACGCUGCUAUGGAAUACACUCUGGCUGCGUUUACACAGGCAGCCCAAAUCUGAUCUUUUGUCCAAUAAAAAUCUGAUCUUUUGUCCAAUUAUUGGCAAAAUAGCUUAUCUGAUUACUGAAAAAAACAAUUUGUGGUAAAAAUAAUAAUAUAUAAGAUCAGAAUUGGGCUGUCUGUGUAAACGCAGCUUCUGUAACGUAGAGGAUCAUACUUUGGAAGAUGACAACUCAAUGUCUUCAAUCAUUUUAAGCUGAGGUAUCUAAUAUUGAACUGUCAGAAAUAUCAGUUAUGCCUUAGAAAAUAUCAGUUGAUUUAACUGCAAAUUGAUUAGAUUACUGCCUUAAAUGUUUAUGAGAAAUCUUCACUGAAAUCAGUGUGUGUCUAUUUACACCAAAUAUUAGCCAAAGAUGAAAUGUAAUACUAUGUUAUACAUUGAUUUCACAUGUUCAAUAUGUAAAAUGCUAUGGCUUUAGAUUAAGCACUUUAGUGAUAGGUUAAACGUUUGGAGAAAGAUGUAAGUAGAUCAUCUUUAUAUUUUCCCUUUGAAUUUAUGUAAAGACAAAAAUCACUAUUACAUCAUGCAUGUAUGCAUUUGAGUCAACAGCAAUGCACAAAGAUUAAAGAGUAAAUGGAAAUAAUGUUAUGGAAAGAAAGCCCUGAUUUUCAGAGAUUAAAUCUUAUUGUAUCAUAAUACAUGUUCCAAUGGCUUGUACAGUGUACAUUACAUGAAAUAAAAUAAUAUUUUCUGAACAAUUCAA